AACCAGAUAUGACAGUACAUACACACUGAUCCUCCAACACUUACAUCAGUCAAUUGGAUUGUAACAACUGGAAAAAGGGACAAAAUAGUGCAGUGAAAGACGCAUUUAGGCAAAAUGUUUUAGAAUUUCCUUUAUUAGCUCCCAGUAUAAUAAUUCGUUCUCUUACAGAAAUUGAAUGUAUAAGGAAAUCACAAAAAAUAUUUCCGACAUCAUGAAUGAUAUUGAAGAAAUGGAAGACAUGAUUGAAAUAGAAAAUAUUAAACAAGAACCUCAGUUAAAGGAAGAAAUUGAAAAUAUUAAACAAGAACCUGUGCUAAAGGAAGAUAUAGACUUGUCAUGCAAUGAAGAACUUGAUUAUCUUUCUCUUGAAAAAUUGUGUAACGCUGAUCUUAAAGCAAGUAAUUUAAAAACCACUACAAUUGAGACGUUCUCAUUAAGUAUAGACAAUAAAUCUGAAAAUAGUAAUCGAGACAAUUGUAUACUGCUGACGAAAAAUCCUUUGUGCGAUAUACAAAUUGCAAAUAUCAGCUACACCAGGAACACAAAUAUCUGCGACGUAAGCAAUAUAGAAUUACAGGAAGCAUACAGGAUAAUGGAGGAUGAAUCUGGUCCUGAAAAUGCGAUUGAUAGUAUUUUGUUUCAAUGCGAGGACUGCAAUAAACCAGCAAAAUGUCUCGCAGAUCAUACUUAUACGAAACCGAGCAAUCGACUAAAAUUAGUUGUGGAAAAUGAAGAAAAGAAAGACAUUGAUGAUCAAGUUUAUACAUGUAAAUUCUGUCCAAUCGUUGUUGACAAUCCACAGAAGUAUUUGUUACAUUUACAGGCACAUGAAUCGGAAGACUGCACCUGUCGAUCUUGCCAUGAGAAUCUUAAAGUUUCUGACUUAUUGAACGUACAUAUGCUCAUAAAAUUUCGUACUUGCGAGAUUUGCAGAAAAGUAUUCACGAGCGAAAGAGGUUAUAGACAGCAUUUAAAAAUCCAUUAUCAGGUGCCAAAGAACAGUCCUGUUACAAAGAAAAAUUUAGAUUUAAGUGUCCAGACUGUGAGAUUUGAGGAAAUCACGAUAAAGGAAGAAGAUCAUGGAAUUGAUCCUGAAGUGGAAGCGUUCGGAAAUAAUAAGGAAAUCCUGCCAAAUAGAGAAGAUAGUGAAAACGUUACAGAAGGGCCUGAAACUUCUGACAAAAAUGGGACAAUCAAUAAUGAAGUAGAUCCUGGUGGAAGUGGUGAAAAAGAUUCUGAAUCUUGUCAACCAUCUUUCUCGCGAUAUGUGAAAAGUUGGAAUAAUACAGAUAGAGAAAAAAUCUUUCCAGAAAAUAUUAUAUUGAAAAAUGAUGAUGUGUGGACAAACAAAGAGAGUUCUGCAAAAAAUGAGAGAAACGAAGAUGCUGCUCCAACACUAUCCACCGAAGAUAUCCUCGAAAUUCAAGAAAUUCAUGUGGUGAAACCUUCGAAAGGACUCGAUCAACCUAAAAUAUCAAAUCCAUUUGAAGGAGCAAUUCCACGCCAUAAAAUAGAAGAGGUAAUAUUUCUCUUCGAGUGUGCAGGAUGCGCUCGAAAUUUCGUGAGCAAAAAAUCAAUUUUAGAACACGUGACUAAAAAGCACACCGAGGACUUUAGACUGUGGGAAACUUUAUACAUAAAAAAGAAGUUAGCCGACAAAAAACCUAUGCAAACUCUAACUGCGAACGAAGGAGAAGUCAAAUACACUUGCAGAUUUUGUCCUGCGAAAUUCCACAGCGCGUGUAAGUACUCCAACCAUUUAAAAAUACACCACAUCUGCAAUCACUGCGAUAAAAUAUUCUCAAGUCAACAGCUCCUUGAGGAUCACAAAUGCGAGUUUCCAAAAUCCCUAAUUUGUCAUAUUUGCAAUAAACCAUUCGCUUUUAAGAAUAAUUAUAUAGCACAUUUAAACACACACGAAAAUGAUUGCGAGAUAUGCAAACAGAAAUUCACCUCUGAGUCUUUGUUAACAAUACACAGAAAACACGUUCAUCCUGAAGGAAUAUGUUUCGUUUGUCAUAGAUGGUUUAGUUCAGAAUCGCUUUUACAAGAACAUAGGACAAGGUUACAUGAUAUCUCCGUAAUGAAUUUCACUUGUUGGAUUUGUGAAAAGAAUAUUCGUUCAGAGAGAAAAUUUCGCGCCCACAUGGAGGUACACGGAGAUAAACGUCCAUUCUCUUGUCAUCAUUGCGGGAAAUGUUAUGCUCGGUAUUUGGCAAUGACAGCACACAGUGAAAGAUGUGACUUAUUCGACGAAAGAAAAGUCUUCGAGUGCGAUAUUUGUAAGAAAGCCUUUUAUGAUAAGAAGAAGUUUGUUCCUCAUAUGAAACACCAUUUUGAGAGUGACGAAAUGCCGCCGCCAGAGAAACUUAGCGUUGAAGAUCAAAAAAUUCUGAAGCUUAUAAACGAUAUGAAGAAUACGAAGGGUUCAAAGAAUUCUAGAUCACCUCCAAAUAAUGUGCUUUAUGCUCCCACAUUAAAUGCUGAUGGCAAUUUGAAACGCUUGUCCGUCGGUCCGAAGAUUGUUUGGCGCGAGAGCUCACUUCAGACCAACAUGCUGCCCAGUAAGAUUGAACAAAAACGCGAAAAGGAGCGCCAACGAAAACACCAAAGACAAAGGGAAAGAGAACACCUUAGGUGCCUAAAUUUAAUGAAUCCUCCUCAAACCACUUACUCUAGAAUAAAAAAGGUAGUAGAUUCUGAUGUAAAUUCAACGACUGAGCUAUAUCUGACAAAUAAUAAAAUAGUAGUUAAUAAUUUGGAAAUUAAUAAUGAAAUCAUGUUUAAAAAUAUAUGUGAGCCUAAUAAAAAGAAGCUGGAUAAAAAGUUGGGCCCCGUCAAGGUACAAGGUCGGUCUUUACUUAGGCCUAGAAUUUUAGGUCGUGUUUCUGGAACGAAGUUUGAAAGAUCGAAAGGAAUUGAUCUGAUGGAAAUUAAAGAGUCGGAGAAGAGUAUAUUCGCAGUUGGUAAAAAAAGACCAGUUCGGUACAGCUUUCAGGAAGAACCAGGAGAGAAACUUUUGAUAUUGAGGCCGAUCAAGAAAGUGUUUACGAGAAAAGGUAAAAUCGAGAAAAGUGAAAGGAAAAAUACAAGGUUAAAUAUAGUAAGUUCACUACCAAAUUUUCAAAACGAAACAAAAGAAGGUGCUUCAAUGCUUAACUUGCUACCAGCGAGGAGUGAAAUAGAUCCAUUGCAUUUGGAGGAUCCGCCAGGAGAUGUUGUGAGUGAAAUUGUAAAUCCACCAUCCGAUGAUGAAUCUGAUCCACUGGCUUUAGAAAACCCGCCAAUGGAUGCUGAAACUAAAAUGAUAAAUUCAUUAACAGAGAAUGAUGAAUGUGAUCCGCUAGCUUUCGAGAAUUCUUCCAUGGACUUAUCAGCGGAUGCUUCUGAACUAAUAACAAUCGAUUCUGAAACUAGCGAUUCUGAAACUAGCGAUUCUGAAACUAGCGAUUCUGAAACUAAAUAUUCUGAAGAAUCUGUAAAGACUCGUGCAAAUGCAUAUCUUUCGAAAUUACGCCCAGCUAGACGAAAAACGUAUAAUUCUAAUAAAACUGUUGAACCAAACAAAAGAGAAUUAGACAAGAAGAAAGAAGAUUUAUCGCUUUUGAGAGUUAAGCAUACGAAAAUUCAUGAUGAAGGUUUGAAGACUUUUGAGUGCACCAUAUGUGAUAAGAAAUUUAAUACCUAUAUGGGUAAAAUGAGACAUUUAAAGACUCACAUGAAGAAGUGAAGAAACAUAGAAUCUCAGAAUGACAAAUAAAUUAUCUGACUGAAAAAUAUUAGAGAAUAGUUAAUCCACUGACAGAGUUUUGAUGUCAGAUUGUCAAGCAGUUGAAAAUAAAUUAUUUUAUGUUAAUUUUUAUUGAUCUUCUGGGCAAGUAUCAAUAUUACUCUAUUACAACUCUGGUUAUUUAACACUGGAUAAACUGGAAGUAGUACACAAAGUAUUUUUGAUGUGCUGGCUUCAAAAGGUUUAAACAAAAAAGUUAUCAGUUUAAACUAAAUCUGAGGAUAUAGGGUUAAGUGUGCUUCAAUGAAGAACUGAAUUACGGCCAUGGGCCUCGCUUAACAAUGAUGAUGCCAACCAUAGUCAAAACGUAUGAAGUUUUGUUUUUUAUAUUUGAUUUGGGGGGCAGGGGCUAAUGAAAUGUAUCAGAACAUUUGAAAGGCCGCGUGUGAAUUUCGAAAACUAGUAUUGAUUGUGAAUUGGCCUUUUAAGUAUGUUUGCUUAAAAAGAAAUAAAAGGUAAAUUUUAUUCUU